AGCGGCGUCAGCACAGGGGGCUCACCCACUGAACGACUGGUUAAGCCACCCAGCCACGGGGAGUCAGCCCCCCAAGACACUGCCGAGCAAAGCCGCGAACUUUCGCUAAACAUGGCCAUGGUGUUGAGCGGCAUGCAUCCAUGUCAACCCAGGCACGGGACCAAAGGAGAGGGCAUGAUUUCCAAUCAGCCCAUUUAGAUCCUACCCUCCACCUUUUCAGGUUCAGGCAGCGCUGGUUACCUUACCUAUCUAUGGAAAUAAACCCUUGGCAUCUGACGCGGCGCAUCAAACAGUGACUUUGACAAAUACACAGAGAAAUCUGAACCUCUCUCGGGUGAUGCGUAAUAACUAACUGAUGAUAUCUCGCCCCGUCGAAGGCCCGAGCCCGAAGAAGUCAAAACAAGAUGCCGGAAGACCAAGGUAGUUCCGCCCCCGCGACGGCACCAGCCGGGAAACCCUACCACGCCAAACGUCCGCACCGCAAAUCGAGGACGGGAUGCCGCAACUGCAAGGCCCGCAAGGUCAAGUGCGACGAGGGCCGCCCCGUCUGCCAUCCGUGUACUGUCCGGGGUGACAAGUGCGUGUACCUGGUGGCACCUCCGCCGGCGCGUGUAUCCCGGAGCAGGACCACCUCGCCCGCAUCGUCUUCCGACAGCAGGCCGGCUUCAACACCGGCUCCCGCUUCGGCUUUCACUCCGGCUUCCUCUCCCGAUUUCGUAUUGGUGGGCAGGCACGCCGACACCAUCACCCAGCAACCUCAGUUUAUACCCAGCGGCCACACCCAAGCCGACAUGCGGCUGUUGUGGUUCUACACCACCGCCACCUACGCCUCCUUCUCGACCGGCCAGCUAAAGGAACGCAGCGUUGACGUGGUCCUCCGAGUAAACGUCGUCCAGCAGGCCUUCGCCAACCCCUUCCUGAUGAACUGCAUCCUAGGGCUCACAGCCAUGCACAUCAACCACCUCGGCAUACCCAACCUAGACAUAUCGCGCUCCCUCGAGAUCCAGUACCGGACCAAGGCCCUAGAAUCCUACCGCAAAGCCGUCGAAGCCGCCGACCCGGCCACCUACCCCGCCCUCCUCGCCAACUCGCUCAUGGUCUGCGGUCUCUCAACACACAUCUUCCGGGGCGAAGACGCCCGGCCCUUCUCCUUCCUCGACUGGAUGACGCUGUGGAAGGGCAUCGGCGCCAUCAUCAACGUGACCAACUUCCCACAGAUGUUCCGCACGGGCAUCGCGGCGCUCCUCUUCCGCCCGGCCGUCGACAUGGACGCCUCGGCGCACGCCCUGCCCAACUACCUGCUCUUCAUGGUCGCCUCCAUCAAGACCGACGACCCGGACCACCCGCUCGUCCCCAAAUACUACAAGGCCCUCAAAUUCCUCGGCUCCCUCUACCUCGAGCUGCGCAACGGCUUCAGCCACCGGCUGUUCCUGCGGAUCGUGACCUUCCUGACCUACCUGCCCAAACCCAUCAUCCAGGCGGCGCGGGAGCGGCGGCCCCGGGCGCUCGUCAUCCUGGCGCACUACCUCGUCUUCAUCACCUUCAAGGCGCGGUCGUGCUGGUGGAUGGACGGGAUAGCCGGGUUCGAGAUCCCCAACAUCGCGCGGCUGCUGGGCCCCGCGUGGGCGGGCCUGCUGCGGGUGCCGCUGGCGGCGCUGCGGGAGACGGAUAAUAGAGGGGUGGCGAGGCUGUUGCUGGAUGACCCGGGCUGGGACGAGCCGACGGAUAUGUUCGUGGAGCCGGUGUCGCCGGCUGGGGAGAGGGAGCUGGCGAUCCGGGCGCUGAUGGAGGAUGAUAUGGCCCCCGAGGUGCAGGCGUACCGGGCCAGGAAGCUGGAGGUUGAGUUGUGUUGACCGGGAGCGAGUUUGCCUCGCAGGAUGUGAAUUUGGAGGGGGUGUGUUUUUCUUUUAUCGAAAUCCGUAGCGUUUAGUUUGGCGUUGGAGUUUCGGCUGUGGCCGUGAGGGGAUCGUUUCGUCGUUUCAAGGAUGAGCCAUGUGUAAAUGAUGUAAGGAAUGGCGGAGGAAAAAUAUACAGAUGGAGCACCAACAGCGGAGACGGAGCCACGACAUGUUCCGGGACAAAGAUGUACCUACCUUGGGGCUGCCACUGGACACAAUCACUAAAGCAGACGUCACAAACAA